UGCAGCCUUGGGAAUCGAAUUUUCUCUCCGCAACUCCUUAGUCAUGAUCUCUGCACUACAACAAAGUAGUCUAACUGUACUGUAGACUACAACAUUUCAUUCCAUACAAAGAAACAAUAGCUUCCACAAUGGAUCGGGACAAAGCUAGCCCGUCCCUCUCCAUCCUCCCGGAGUCCCCAGAUCAUUCGCCUCCCUGUACUUUACUGCUGGGUCUGGUCGUCUGCAGGAAAACACCAGGGCAGAGUGGAACUGAGAGAGGAAAAGGAGAAGAGGAACAUGGAGAUUUGAUUUCAUUAAGUAAGAACCAUGGGGACAUCCCAAAUCGUUGCUCUCUCAGUGGAAGGAGCUUAUCAUCUGUGGAACCUCAACAACAUCAUGAUGCUGACAAGAAAGAGAAGACUCUCUCCAGAUCAGAACACUUCAAGAAACACCGGCAGAGACGAAUAGGGAAGAAACCUCACCACUGCUGUUCUGACUGUGGGAAGAGUUUUGCUAAACAGAUGGAAAUGUUGAUUGAUGACCCGAUUCACAAUAGAGAGAAACCGUACCACUGCUCUCACUGUGGGAAGAGUUUAGCUGCAUCUAAAAUCUUAAAAUCUCAUCAGAGAAUUCAUACAGGGGAGAGGACUUACACCUGCUUUGAUUGUGGGAAAUACUUCAGUCGUUCAGGAGACCUGACUGCACACCAACGCAUACACACAGGAGAGAAGCCUUAUAGCUGUGAUCAGUGUGGGAAGAGCUUCAAUCAUUCAGGAUCCCUAACUAAACACGAACGCAUACACACAGGAGAGAAGCCUUAUAGCUGUGAUCAGUGUGGGAAGAGCUUCAAUCAAUCAGGAUCCCUGACUACACACCAAUGCAUACACACAGGAGAGAGACAUUAUAGCUGUGAUCAGUGUGGGAAGAGCUUCCGUCAUUCAGGAUCCCUGACUACACACCAACGCAUACACACAGGAGAGAAACCUUAUAGCUGUGAUCAGUGUGGGAAGAGCUUCAAUCAUUCAGGAUCCCUGACUAAACACCAACGCAUACACACAGGAGAGAAGCCUUAUAGCUGUGAUCAGUGUGGGAAGAGCUUCAAUCAUUCAGGAUCCCUGACUACACACCAAUGCAUACACACAGGAGAGAAGCCUUAUAGCUGUGAUCAGUGUGGGAAGACCUUCCGUCAUUCAGGAUCCCUGACUACACACCAACGCAUGCACACAGGAGAGAAGCCUUAUGGCUGUGAUCAGUGUGGGAUGAGCUUCAAUCAUUCAGGAAACCUGACUACACACCAACGCAUACACACAGGAGAGAAGCCUUAUAGCUGUGAUCAGUGUGGGAAAAGUUUCAGUCGAUCAGGAGCCCUGACUACACACCAACGCAUACACACAGGAGAGAAGCCUUAUAGCUGUGAUCAGUGUGGGAAGAGCUUCAAUCAAUCAGGAGCCCUGACUACACACCAACGCAUACACACAGGAGAGAAGCCUUAUAGCUGUGAUCAGUGUGGGAAGAGCUUCAAUCAUUCAGGAGCCCUGACUACACACCAACGCAUACACACAGGAGAGAAGCCUUAUAGCUGUGAUCAGUGUGGGAGGAGCUUCAAUCAUUCAGGAUCCCUGUCUACACACCAAUGCAUACACACAGGAGAGAAGCCUUAUAGCUGUGAUCAGUGUGGGAAGAGCUUCAGUCAAUCAGGAGCCCUGACUGCACACCAACGCAUACACACAGGAGAGAAGCCUUAUAGCUGUGAUCAGUGUGGGAAGAGCUUCAAUCGAUCAGGAGACCUGACUGCACACCAACGCAUACACACAGGAGAGAAGCCUUAUAGCUGUGAUCAGUGUGGGAAGAGCUUCAAUCGAUCAGGAGCCCUGACUACACACCAACGCAUACACACAGGAGAGAAGCCUUAUAGCUGUGAUCAGUGUGGGAAGAGCUUCAAUCAAUCAGGAGACCUGACUGCACACCAACGCAUACACACAGGAGAGAAACCUUAUAGCUGUGAUCAGUGUGGGAAGAGCUUCAAUCAUUCAGGAUCCCUGACUAAACACCAACGCAUACACACAGGAGAGAAGCCUUAUAGCUGUGAUCAGUGUGGGAAGAGUUUCAAUCAUUCAGGAUCCCUGACUAAACACCAACGCAUACACACAGGAGAGAAGCCUUAUAGCUGUGAUCAUUGUGGGAAGAGCUUUGCUCUAUCCGGAAACCUGACUACACACCAACGCAUACACACAGGAGAGAAGCCUUAUAGCUGUGAUCAGUGCGGGAAGAGUUUCAGGAAGAUAGAAUACUUGACUAUACACCAGCGCAUACACACAGGAGAGAAGCCUUAUAGCUGUGAUCAGUGUGGGAAGAGUUUUUCUCAGAAUUCCACCCUGACUACACACCAGAUCACACACACAGGAGAGACACCUUACUCCUGUCUAUGUGGAAAGAGCUUUGCUCGUUCAGGGUCUCUGAAAAAACACCAGAAAGCACAAACAUGUAAUAUUUUAUGUCCGUCCUCUCCGGCACUGGUUCCAGAUCCCUAAAUAAAGUUUCAAUGGAAAACAUCUUGUCAUGAGUCAUCCAUCUCCCAUUCUCUAACAGUUUACUAAGUCUGACUACCAUGGUAACCAGUGUAGCAUAAUAUGCAGCUCUGGAUCCGUAUGUAUUAAGCGUCUUGGAGUAGGAGUGCUGAUGUGGGGUGGGGGUAUCUUAUUUCAUUAAUUCCUAUUAUCCAUUAAAUAUAUGUUUUUAAAAUCUCUAUUUUUAUAAGGAUCACAGGCCUUUUGUAUAAAGAUGUUCACAUAUUUAUUGUAAAACCCUUCACCAGGUUUUAGUGUAGCUGAUGGGACAUAUGGAAGUACAGAAGACAUAGGACUAUUACUGUGGUCAAAUUAUGUUGUUGCAUUUAUUUUAAAGGAUUUUAUUUGUGAUAUCUUUGAACUUUCCUUAUUGUAUAUUAAGUGUGGUCCAGAAAGAUGUUCACACAUUUUAUUGUGAAUCGAAUGAUGUGUUGGUUGUUAGGAAGAGGCAUCAUGAGGGCAGGAAGCCAGCUCUGCCCAUCAGUACUUAUAGGUCAUGUCAACCACAGACCUCACACUCUUCUGUUUUCUCACGGCCAGUAAGGUCUCCUACCAAACUCCUCUCUUCACACUGGAAAUACACUUGAUAAUAUCUUGUACCUUACCAUUGGUGAUUUGUUACGCAGAACGAAUGCUUGCAUGUAAAUGUCAUUGUAAAACAUAUCUGGAAUGUGGUUUCAUGUUUUCUUGUUUUGUUUUACAUUGCUGAUUGCAUUUACACUUUUUUUUUAAAAUAUGUAUUUUUUAAAUGUUUAGCUGAAUUAUGUUGAAUUGACCAAUUAGUUGUUGCCCUGUGUCCCAACACUCAAUGUUGUAGUCAUGGUACUGAGAUUAAAACAGGUUUAAAACAUUCAA